CCCGAAAAUAAAAAAGAGUUCAAUCUUUAUCCUCCUGAGCCAGGCCAGCUGUCUCAUUCCUUGGUCCUCGCGCCCCAUCACGAGCGUUCCUCAUUAUUCAUCUCUCUCUGAUCUCUGAUCUCUGAUCUCUCUCUCCUCUCUGAUCCACAAACACAACGUUUGCAGCAGUAGUCGUACUAUCAGUAGUGAAAAACCAAGCAACAUCCCCAAUCCCCUACGCCGCCCAAGAUUCCUUCUUAACCUCCCCUCUCUUUCAAUCUCUGUCCUCUUUUCCCAAAUUUAUUAUUUUUUUAAUUCAAUAAAAAAAUUAUAUACGUAUAGAAGGUUAAUGAAAUUCCUCAAAAAAGGACCUUCAUAAAUUUUUGGUGAAAAAGCAAGAGAGAGAAAAAAAAAAUCUCAAAAACUUCCAUCUCAAUCCAAAAUUGUGAGACCACAGAAAAUAAACCUGAAGAAAACCCAAAAAGAAAAAGUGAUGAAGAGGGAACACCCCUUAACGAAUUCUGAACCACCGGUCACUGGAAAACCAGCGGUGACAGGAAAGUCAAAGAUGUGGGAAGAUGGAGCUCAAAACGACGCUGGUGUUGACGAGUUGCUUGCCGUUUUGGGUUACAAGGUGAGGUCAUCAGAUAUGGCGGAAGUAGCAAAUAAACUUGAACAACUUGAAGAAUAUAUGGGAAAUGUUCGAGGAGAUGGACUUUGUCAGUUAGCUUCUGAAACGGUUCAUUACAAUCCUUCAGAUCUGUCGACGUGGCUUGAAUCUAUGCUGUCUGAAUUUAAUCCAUCAACAAAUUUCGACCCGUCUCCUCCUUCAAUUGGAUCGAUUAUAGAUCCGAUUGUGAAUCCUUCCCAAAAAACGGUGGUCAAAUUCGAGCAAGGUUUCAACGACCCGUUUUCGGAUUAUGAUCUGAAAGCUAUACCAGGUAAAGCUAUCUUGACUCCACCAUCUCAAAGUCAGAAUCAAUCAUGUUCUAGCAGUAUGCUUGUUAAUAACAGUAAUAAUAAUAACAAUAAUAGUAGUAAUAGUUUGGUUAAUACUACUACUAGUAGUUCAAGUUCAAGGGAGGCGAAGAGAAUGAAAUCGUCUAAUUAUGGAACCGCAACAGCAACAGCAACAGCAACAGCAACAGCAACUGCAACCGCUGCAAAAUUGGCGAAUUCAGCCGUGUCUAGACCGGUUGUUAGGGUUGACUCACAGGAGAACGGUGUAAGAUUGGUUCAUACUUUGAUGGCUUGUGCGGAGUCAAUUGUACAAGAAAAUAUGGGUUUAGCUGAAGCACUUUUGAAACAAAUUGGGUUUUUAGCUGCGUCACAAGCUGGAUCUAUGAGAAAAGUUGCCACUUAUUUUGCUGAAGCUCUUGCGAGAAGGGUGUAUAAAUUAUGCCCAUAUGAUGAUAAUUAUUCAGAUAUGUUACAGAUGCACUUUUAUGAGACAUGCCCAUAUCUAAAAUUCGCUCAUUUUACGGCAAAUCAAGCGAUUUUAGAGGCUUUUAGUGGUAAGAAGAAGGUUCAUGUGAUUGAUUUUAGUAUGAAAGAAGGGAUGCAAUGGCCUGCUUUGAUGCAAGCUUUAGCUCUACGACCUGAGGGUCCACCGGCUUUUCGGUUAACUGGAAUUGGACCGCCGGCUCCUGAUAAUACGGACCGGUUACAGGAGGUGGGUUGGAAAUUGGCUCAGUUUGCUGAUUCCAUUCAAAUUCAGUUUGAGUAUCGUGGGUUUGUAGCAAAUAGUUUGACUGAUUUAGAAUCAUCAUUGCUUGAUCUUAGACCGGAGUCUGAGGUUGUGGCUGUGAACUCUGUAUUUGAGCUACAUCGUUUGAUGGCUCGACCAGGUGCGGUUGAGAAAGUAUUGGGUUUAAUGAAAGAGGUAAAACCAGUGAUUGUUACUGUGGUGGAGCAGGAAGCAAAUCAUAAUGGACCGGCUUUCUUGGACCGGUUUAACGAGUCACUUCAUUAUUACUCAACCCUAUUUGACUCGUUGGAGAGCUGUGUUGACAGUCAAGAUAAAUUGAUGUCGGAGGUGUAUCUAGGCAGGCAGAUAUGCAAUGUUGUAGCAUGUGAAGGGGUUGACAGAGUAGAGAGACAUGAGACAUUGGCUCAGUGGAGAAAUCGGUUUAACUCAGCCGGGUUUACACCGGUUCACAUAGGGUCCAAUGCGUUUAAGCAGGCUAGCAUGUUGCUGGACUUUUUUGCAGGUGGGGAUGGGUAUGGUGUGGAAGAGAAUGAUGGUUGUCUCAUGUUGGGUUGGCAUAGCAGGCCACUCAUUACCACAUCGGCUUGGCAACUCGCUAACAACUCGCCAACUCAUCGUUGAGUUCUGAGUUCACUCGUCCUUCCCUUUUUUUUUUUUUUUUUGGGGGGAAACAUAUGAUAAGGGUGAUGACUGAUGAGAGCGAAAGGCCUAACGAGUUUGGUAACUCGGUGCCCCCACACCUAACCACUGCCCACCCCCCUCUCACCUCAGCCUCUCAGACUGAUUGAUGUGCUGAGCUGGGUGUGUUAGUGCGCGGGACCCAUCACCACUUCUCAAUUCCCAAUUCACUAGUACUGUCUUUUCUUUCUCUCUCUCUCCACCUUAAAAAUUCCUCUCUUAUUAUCUCUUGAUAUUUUCCUUUUUAUUACUCUUGGUUAAUUUGUUUUGUUUUCCUUUUUCUUUUUGUGUCUAAAGGAGGUCUUUGUAAGUUUUCUGUGAGGUGAAAGUUAGAGGUGAAAAAGUUGUAUUUAUGUAUGGCCUUUUCCAUUCUCUCAAUAAAAAGAAGGCAACAUUUUCGAAUGA